AUGAACACAAGAUAAAAGUUACUAUAAAAUAUUAGUUAUAUAGCAGGAGAUGGAAGGAUCAAAUAACAGAAUCAGAGUAAUUUAAGAAUUAGAUCAUAAAAGUCAAGAAAGGAGAAUGCUAGUUUCAUUGUAACAAAACAUGCAUAAUAACCAAAAGUUAAUAUAAAUUUUUAUUAAACUCAAAUACAUUCUCCAAUAAAGAAUCGAAGUAUGAACAAAGAGAAUAAUCUUAAUUAUGCAUAUGUACCAUUAAAAAAUUCAGAUGAAUUAAUUAUUAAUAGUGCAGAAUCACAUUCACUAAAUUUAUCAUAUUCACCUUCAUCUAAAAAGAAACCUUAACCAUCAUGUUUUGUGUUACCUUCAAGAAGCAUAAAACCAAAAAUGAAAUUGACUAAGAAAGCUUUAGAGAUUAGAAGCAUAUAUUUGGAUAAGCCAAAAGCAAAACAAAAUAAUUUUAUAAACAUAAAGGGCACAUAAAAAAUAAUGAGGUGA